GUUUAAUCAGAGAUUAUCUAUAAUAAAUGAACUAAAACUUAAAUAACUUUCUGGUACAAUACAAUAUGUUUUCAUCGAUCUACACGACGUUCACGACACUUCCAAACGAGAUUUGGGGAUCGGGGACGCCCACGUAGGGGACAGGAUUGCAGCAUCUUCGUCAUAUACUAUCUUUGUUUGAACUUUUCAUCAGACGUCCUCGUCUUGUCAAACUGUUUCCGGUGUGUUACUGUGUGUAUGUGUGUGUGAUCUGAGUGUAAACACUUUGUUGUCUCUCUACUUUAAGUAAACUUUACUUAAAUUUACAACAACAACAACAACAAAAAACGUUGUAACUUCCGGGAUGAACGCGCUGCUUCGGCGGUGUAACGUGCGGCGGCUCAGAUCAUGGAGAGACCUCCAUGUGACGGCACCCGUGGCGACCUUUGACCUGAGGAAAAUCGAAUUAACGCCUCUGGAGCAGCGAAAACUCACCUUCGACUCUCACAACAUGGUGACGGACCUUGAGAGCAGUGGUUUUGAGAAGCGCCAGGCGGAGCUGAUAGUUUCAGCUCUGGUCACUCUGACGACAGCAAACAUGGACAUCGUUUAUAAAGACAUGGUGACCAAAGCCCACCAGGAAAUCGCGCUGCAGCAGAUCAUGGCUCACCUGGACUCCAUCAGGAAGGACAUGGUGAUCCUAGAGAAGAGCGAGUUUGCCAACCUUCGAUCUGAAAACACGAAAAUGAAGCGAGAGCUGGAGCAGCUUAUGAACAGACUGAAGGAGGAGACUCUGAAAAUCAGAGCAGAAACCAAACUGGACAUCAACCUGGAGAACAGCAGGAUUUCUGACAUGUUUACGGAACAGGAGAGGAAGCUGAUGGAGGCCAAUACAGAGUUUUAUCACAAGAAAGCCGACCUGGAACACGACAACAUGGAGAUCAGCAAGAAGAUGGACCUGCAGGUGGCUUCACUCAAAACUGUCCUGGAGUCUCUCAAACUGGAGACGAUCCGCUACCUCGCAGCAACCGUGUUCUCCUGCCUGGCCAUCGCUCUGGGAGUCUACCGGUUCUGGAGGUGAACAAUCCACGAACUUCAGAACCACAAACUAAUUCGUCUUCAUCCUCAAGACAAAGUAGUGCCAGUAAAAACUCUUUGUGAUUUGUGGAUCUAACAAAUGUUGCUGCUACAGAACGUCACAAUUUAAACAUAAACCAAAUUCAGUGUCUUCACUGUGUUUUACUGCAGUAAAAGUACCAGUACAAUACUGGAAAAAAUACUUUAACAUAAAUGUAUUUAAGUAGAUUUACACAAAUAUUAUCAGAAAAUGUACUCAUGCUCAUUAUGCAGUACUGGAGGACCACUAGUGUAAAGUAUCUAAGCACAUUUACUCAAGUACUACAGUACUUGAGUAAAUACAUGUACAUCAUAAAUGUAUUUUGAAGAAUUGAACCUUUAAAUGAACUUUUAUAUUCAAUAUUGUGUUGCUGUGGAAACAUAUUUUACAGCUAGAUGGACUUGGAUGGAGAUUUUUUGCGAAUGUUUACUUGAUUUGUGUUGAAUGAAGUCUAAUCGUUUGAUUUUUAAUUUGAUUUGUUUGAAAAUAAAGUACCAUAUGAAGCUUUUUGACGUCUCCGACCGUCAAAAUAUGUCACAACUGGAUUGGUUGUUACAAAAACAAAUAAAGUUAUGAAAUCAAGAGAAAAUAAAA